AGUUUUCACAUACUAUUCCAAAAAGGCGAUGUGUGUAUCUACAUCAUUAUUUACGCAUGGAUGUGUAUAUUGCUCUUUUUUUUUGUGUUCCGUGUUGUGUAACUCGCCUUAAAAGCGCAGUCAGGUAGAAGCGUUUUGAAAUACGUAUUUACUCUUUUUAAUAUCGCUCAAGAUCGCAGCAUCGUAAGUUUUUUUUUUGGUUUCUCUGCAAAAGCAACAACAGCAAAAAAUCGAUCGCCCUGCGACACUAAUACACUGACACUUGGCCACCGCCACACGCACACUAAUGCAAAUAGCGGCGAAUUUACUUCGCCGUAUUUUAAUGCGCAUUUAUUUGUCUUCUCUUCUUCCUACUUCACUUCGCGACAACACUUUGUUUGUGUGUUUUUCGUACCCACUUAGGGGAGUGCUUUGUUGUUUUUAGUGUGCCCGUGAGCAGCAGUGCCCGCCUAUCGCACUAUCGAUAGUCGGCUGGGCCAAAAUACCGCGUUCUAAUUUAUUUAUUUUUAAAUGGUUAAAGGAUUUAAGUGGAUGGGAAAAUAAAUAACACGGUAAUCUAACAAACGGCUUGUACUCAAAGGUACAAAAUCGUGUGCGUAAUUAUUUUAAGUUGGAUAUAACUUAUUAGAUAGUAUCGAUUACUUGCUAUCGCAUCAGCCCGUAUUCGGAUUCGGCGCCACAACAGUUGUUGUCAUUCGAUCAACGACGCCGUGAAUUUUACAUGUGUGUUGCCUUUUAUUUAUCUUUCAAUCGAGUUUUGGGACACAGUUUCCUGUUUCCAAGCACAUCAAUAAUGACAAUCUAGUUGAUGUGUUCGACAUUCGAGGAGUCGGAUCCAAACGAGACGCCUCGACGCCAGUGCCUGACGUUCCAGAGUCACCAUGUACGAGAGCGAGGACGAUGUGAUGGAGGUGGAGGGCUCCGGAGCCGCCUACGAGGCGCAGGUCAAGGCCAAGCUGGAGGAGAUCCGCUCGUGUGUGCCCUUCAUCCAGCGCGUGCAGAAUUCCUACCAGCAGAAUCUCUCCAAGGUGCAGGGUCAGCGGCUGAGUGCGCUGGUCGGUCUGCUGGAGCGCGACAAUGUAUCCAUGAGCACGCUAAUGAAGAUCGAGCGGAUCAUCGACAAGCUAAGGACUAAGUUUGGGCACUUGAUUCUGGGCUCUUCUAGGACUCAGCCCAAGGCGUUCAUCGAUAUGGUUGACCAAGCCGAGAUUGAGUCCGUCUCGUCGACUUCCUCCCAACAGUCAAGUACGGCCGCACAUCCACCAACACCUGCGACACAGCCGCCUCAGCCGGAAAAGGGUAACAAGUCGAGCGGCUCACCCUUCCCAGCGGCUGCCACCAAGUCCAAGCCAGCGACUCCAAAGGCACAGGAGCCGACGUCCUCCGGCUCCAAGUCAACAGCAACGACUAAAGGCUCCUUAGCCAACUCUAUGGCAUCUGGUUCCUUGGCCAACCCAAAGGCAUCUGGUUCCUUGGCCAGCGCUAGUCCAAAGAAUCCCAUCGCAAGGCCACCAGAGGUGGUGCAAAAACCCGCCUCAGCUCAAGUCCCUGAUACGGGAGUACCAGCCAUUCCACCUUCGCUCAAAAUGAAAUCAGAACCGCUGCCCAAUUCACAUGGCAAUCGCGGAGUGCUGAGUGCCAUGCAUGAGGCUCGCAUGGAGGAAAAGAAGCAACGGGCAAAUCACCAAAUAAUUACAUCGCCAUUAACCAAAGAAUCGAGCGUUGUUGCUGUUGCUGCUGCUGGUGCUCCGCCAGAGGUGGACUUCGUGCGCCGAUCUUUCCCGAAGUUGACCAGCAGUUUGCCAGCUGCCAAUGUGGGGCCUUCAGACAAGCCGGAUUUUAUGCGCCGGAGCUCACCACUUUCGCUGCCCAUUCCGCAGCAGGAAGCCCCGCCAACGGUGUCCGAAAAGGAUGCUGCAAGCCAGUCCUUGGCGUUUAAGGAGUCACCCAGCCCUUCGAUUAUCUCGAAUACACUGGAGGAGGCACGCAGAAAGUUGGCCGCCUUGAAAGGAGGAGUUGGAUUAGGAUUGGGGCAGGAUAUGCCGCCGCUUUCCUCUAACAGAAACGAUCCGCGCGGCAAGAAGAACUUAAGCCAGCCGCCCAAGCCCAAGCCCAAGCCCAACAUCAACAACAAUAACAACACCGAAAGCUUGCCACCGGUGACUCCGCCACCCAAUAUGCGUACACCCUCGCCAAUUCCGCCAGCUCCGAGCAUGAGGAUCGGCACAUGGCUCCCGUAUUCAAACAUUCCUCUGGAGACUGGCGGCUUCAAUGCUCCUGCCCAGCAGUACGGCUCGGAGCCUGCGGGAGAUGUUCGGUCCUAUGGAACUGGUUCAGCAAGGGAACCGAGCCUUGAUCCCAGGCGCAUUAAUGGCACCGAGUCCCGAGAGCCACGUAAUCCUCUCAUCUGGCAGAACAAUACCGCCCAUUCGCAACAGCAGCAGCAUCAGCAGUCGCAUCAGCAGUCGCAUCAGCAGCCGCAUCAGCAGUCGCAUCAGCAGUCGCAUCAGCAGUCGCAUCAGCAGCCGUCGGCACAGCCAAAUCAGAUACCGCCGUAUUCCAGUGAUCCGCGUCGUAACACAACCAUCUACAAAGGCUUUGAAGAAACCAAUGGUUGGCAGUCGACUAACACUUAUAAUAAUAUCAGUGUCAACGGGAAUGGAAAUGGAAGUGAAAAUGGAAGUGGAAAUGGAAAUGGGACCGUUCCCAAUGUCUACAACAAGUCCAACUGGAGAGUUGGUCUAAAGGUAAACGGCGGGCCCACUGGCACAGGUUUAAUGGGCAAUCAAAAUGGAGGUGGAAACGCAUGUGGCUUUAAUGGCACAUCCAGCUUCAGAGGCGGAUAUCGUGGAGGUCACAACAGCAGCGCACGGGGUGGUGGCAAUGGCAAUGGCAAUGGGAAUGGCAAUCACAACUCGCGUUUCGAGCGACCCAAUGACACACAUCGCACCUACAAGGAGCACCGCAAGGCCAAGGCUCGUGCUGAGGCAGAGGCCAAGGCCAAGGAGGCAGAGCAGAAGCGCCAGUUGGAAGCGGACAUCCAGCGUGAACUGGAUGCCGAGGUGAAACAGCGCAGGCUGCUUGCCGCCGAGAAGCAGCGAAAACUGGAGGAAAGUCAGGCUGCUGCAGCGGCGCCAGUGGUGCCAAUGGCAACAGUGGCACCAGUGACACCAGUGACCACCGAACUGGACACAUCCUACCGCAACUGCUCGCUUGGUUUGUUGACCAAAAAGCUAGAUUUUCGGAUUCCGAAGAAAACAACGAGCACCCCAACCACCUCAAACCCAAACACAAACCCAAACCCAAACCCCAGCCCAAGCUCAGUCAAUGGAGAUGGGGAUAGCCUGAGCAGCUCCUCGAAUUCCCUUACAAGCAAAUCAUGUGAUGCCAAGAAGGAUAAAGAUACUGAUAAGCAUAAGGAUAGGGUUAGGAAUUUAGAUAAGACUAGCGAUAAAGACGACAAGGUGGAGAAGGGCAACGAUAAGCCGGCUAACAACGUGGAGAAGUCUAAGAAGCAUCACAAAUCGCACGAUAAGAAGUCCGAAAAGGAGAAGAAUAGAUCCAACAAGAAGGAUAAAAAGAGGCUGGAUAGGGAGAUGGAGAAGAAGUCAUCCGUAGCUGUUGACAAAACCCGUGAGCUCGGGGAUGCCGAAAGCGUGAUCAGUGUGGACAGCUCAGAGAAUACAGACAACUUGGAGAACGAACCGCCAGCCAGCGAGGCAAAUGCUUCUCCUGUUCCAGGAGAUCAAGCGCUUAGCGCUCCCGACAGCCAGCCGGUCCAGCCGCCGGACGAGGAGCAUCUGGGCAUCCUGGCCAAGAUCCGAAAGGCGGCGGCUGCAAGCAAGCCUUCCGUUUCGAAGGCACCAACUCUACCUGCUAAUGGUAACGAUGGUGAGGAUCAGGAUCCCUUCGACAAAUUGAACAAGAUGAAGAGACCGACGAAAAAGCGAAGAACUUCCACUUCAGAGGCAAAGUCAACUAUCGCCAAGUUGGAUGAUGAUACUGCCACUUCGACUACUGUUCCAGGCAAGGGAAACCACGAAGAGGACGACGACAAAGUACAAGUUACGGCGGAAGGGGAAGAGGAUACAAAACCGACGCCCAAGCUUUCCAAGAUGAAAAUCGUCGUUGGUCCCAAUGACACUUUGAUGGUGGUCAACGAUGAGAAGGAGCCCAAGAUCAAGAACCAAAAAUCGCCAGCACAGCUGUUUGAGGAUGAGCACGACGACGAGGAGGUGCCCGGUCCCUCGCCUCAAAUUCUGCACCGUAUUAUGCAGCGUCGCAACUCCAUGGCUCCCACGGCCAGUAAGCCGCUGGUGAACAAGGAGGAGAUCUCGACCAGUCUCCUCUACGAGGAUCUGCAGGAGCAGAGGCGCAAGUCCCAGAAUGCCCGCAGUCUGGCCAACAUGUUCGAGAAGACCAAUGACAAUUGUACCGUGUCCACGCAGAACAUUAUCACCGGCAAACGUCGCACCCGCGGCCUAGAGGCCUCCUUCAACGAGACGCUGCUGAGCCGGAACUGCUUUGGCCUGGGACAGAUCAAUAAACCACGGGCAAAGGCCACGAAUAGGGGCACUUCCAGGGCGAAGACUCCUGCUCCUGACGCCGCCAAACCAGGAGACGAUUCUUUGAGUAACAAUGACAAAGUUGUUCCGGCCAAAAAUCGUAAGCGCAAAAGGCAAGCUGAUGCUCAUCCAGAUGCUCCAGAUGCUCCAGAGGAGCCGAAAAAGGCUCGUUUGGACAAUAAGAAGGAAACCAAGGAGGUUAAUGGAGAUGGGGAUGGGGAUACAGCGGCUAAGCAGCCAGCAAUGGAGGACAACCCGCCCGUGAUCCCAGCACCGCCCAAGCCUCGCACGAAACCGCGAAAGAAGCGCAACGAACUGGACAAGCUGAACGAGGACAUUGCCCAAAUGUACUACGGCCAAGAUGUGUUGCGGGCCACCGGACGACGAGCCUGUACCCGUCGUUCCCGCACUCCCUCGCCGCCGCGAUCCUCUACUCGCUCGCUGCGUUCCCGAUCCCAAUCCCUGCAGCGAUCCUCGCCAGCCCCCGAGAGCAUAUCAUCCAGCCGCCUGUCCGUGGCUAGUCCGAUUUUCAUCCGGAAUGUGGCGCGACGGGGCAAAGCCUUCAGUCGUGGCGGUGGCAUCACCAGAGCCUCGUUCAAGGCAUCGUUGCCGAAGACCAAACGCUGCAUUGUACGAAUCAAGAAAUGUCUGGCCCUGGAAGAGCUACUCAAGAAGCCAGUGAAGGAGAGCCUGCUACAACAAAAGAAGAAAAAGGACAAAGGAAAGAAGAAGGAUGUUCGCAACAUAGAUCCCGAAUGGCACUCCAAGUCAAAGGCCAACCUCAGGUGCGUUGUGUGCGCGAAGCCAAUCCGCCGGAGCUCCGUCUGUCACUACAUGAUGGAGCACAAGGAGCACUACGCCGCCCGUUUGCCACCCGGUGUGCUGGACGAACUGCGAGCCGGACGCGGCAAUCGUCCGGAGUACUGGCAUGGACUGCGCUACAAGAAGUACUACUUCAAGUGUCCGUUUUGUGAUAUAUCCCUCCUGCGCGGCCCACAGGGCCUGGGCGAUCACCUCAACUCGCACCUGGGCGAGCCGCGUCAGCAGUGCUCCCACUGCAACUAUCCGCAGAGCUACCAAAACAAGAUGCAACAGCACACCGCGUCCUGUGGCCCGGGAGCCAAGCCCCUGAUGCAUCCCAAGAAUGGCCGACUUCCGAUGACGGUGCUCGUGUGCCAUCUCUGCCAGUUUGUGCAGCAGAGCAAGGAGAACAUGGACCGCCAUCUGAUGAAGCAGCACGACCUCACUAAGCAGCAGCUGGCGAGUGUGAAGCUGGAGAAGCUGCUACUCUGCACCACCGAGGGCGUGCCAAUGGCGCGGUCAGGACGAAAUGAGGAUGACACCACCGCCGCCGCCGCCGCCACCGACGACGACGACGACGACGCCAAACCAAGUACAAGUGCCAAAGGCAAAGCGGCGAGCAGAGCCAGCUCGGCCUCAUCGAAGGCAAAGCGUUCGCAGCAAAAGAAGGACAAGAUCCGGUUCAAGAAUAUGACCAAAAGGUCGGCGCAACGGGUGAAGCGAGAAAGGGAAGAGGAACAGGAGGCGCAGGAGGUGGGUCUGGAUUUGUUGGAACUGCCGCAGCCACCGCCGGAAAAGGAGCCCGUACUGGUGGUCAACGAGUGUCUGAUGGAUGUCGAAAUGGACGCAGAACUGGAGGCAAGCCUGGACGAAGAGCAGGCCAUGCACAGCAAGAGCUUGAUGGUGGACGAGAAGCCUGUGGUGCUGCUGGAGCACGAGGAACCAGAGAUAAUCGCUGAUUUACAACCAGAGCCACCAGCUCCAUCUCCCAUGGAGGUAGAUAUUAAUGAGGAGGAUGACGUGGAUGUGGAAGGGGAUAUGGAUGUGGAUGUGGUUGAUGUAACGCCACCAAAGACACAAACUCAACCUGUACAGCCGGCGGCUCGGACGGUGUCGGAAGUCAGUCUGGCCGAGUUGAAUGGCGACAUUCUCGAUGGCAUUGGCAGCGAUGAUGGUUCUGACGUUGAGAUCGAGGACGAACCGCAGAGCCGCCAACAAAACGCUGGCAAAGAUCCGGUUACGGUGAAGCUAAAUGGAGGCCAUAACCAUGAAAAGGACCAGGACGAAGAUGACGUUGAUGAUGUUGAUGACGAUGACACUGACUUUGAUGAUGACGAAGACGACGUACUCACCGAUGAUUGGGUGGAUCUGGAGACGGCCAAUCGCAACUCCAAGGCCAAAAAGAGCAUUUUCACGCGGUUCAACCGCUUGUGCUCGCGCUUGAAAAAGAACGCCACCCGAUCCUCUGGUAGCAAAGCAGUGGCCUCCAAUGCGAGUCACAGCAGCGAUGGCAGCAACGACGGUGUGCUCACCGAUCCCGGCGAGCUGAUGUCCAGAAUGCAGCCCCAAGAGCCCGAACCGAAGCCGGGGAAGGCAAGUCCUGUUGCCACUACUAUUGCAGCUCCUCCUCCAGUCACUCCUCCUCCAGUCACAUCUCCUCCAGUCACUUCUCCUCCUCCAGUCACUUCUCCUCCAGUCAGUUCUCCUCCAGUCAAUCCUCCUCCAGACACUCCUCCCACGCGUCUGAUGUCGCAACCGAAACGGGUGGAGAACGUGGGCUUUCGAAUGUCCUCGUCGGACAGAGACAGAGACACAGCCUCAUAUUUCUGCAUGCAGCCGGGCUGCUCUUUCCUCUUCUCCAAUGAACUGGAGGGCCUGGAGAACCACUUUGCAUUGGAGCACCCAAAGGUGCGCUGGAGCGGCAAGUGUGCCAUUUGUCCGGACACUUGCCUCCAGGCGAUGGACUCGAAUCUCGGUAUAUCCGGGGAAUUGCGUCACAUGAGGGACGAGCACAUGAUGCCUCUUUCUACGCCGUCUGUGGUGCAGAUGGCGCCGGAACCCGAACCUGAACCUGCUCCCGUUCCCGCUCCCGCUCCUGUGCUUCCCAAGCUGAGGGUUCGUCGCUUCACUGGCGAUCGUUUGGCCGAACCAAAACCAAAUCAGAAUACUCAAGCAGAGAAUAAUCAGACCAACGAAUGGCUAAGGGGUCUGCUCGCGGCGGGUCCAAGGCCACCCAAUCAGCAGGUGGACUUCCAAGCCGUCGGAUUGGGCGAGUUCCUUUGCGCCAAGCCCGAUUCACCGCCAAAGGAGCAGCCAGCUGUGGACCAGCCUUUCAUAAUAAACUAUCAGAGCGGUUUGGGUUUGGCCAUCAGCCAGGUUUACAGCGGGGCUCAGAUGGGCGGGGAUGCAGUGGUGGUGCCGCCAUCGCCAUCCGCCAUGGGAAUGCCUCAGCCGCCUGAGCUCAGUGCCUCGACUGCUCCAGCCUUAGCUCCAACUUCAGCUCCAGCUAUAGCUACUCCAGCUACAGCUGUUCCAGCAAUAGCUACUCCAGCUACUGCUGAGCAGGGGAAUCGCUUUCGUUGCAUGGCCGCCAACUGCAACUUCUCGGCCCACAAGGUGAUGUUCGUGCGGGAGCACCUGAAGUUCCACAUGUUCAGCUUCCGCAGCAGCGACUAUCUGAACUGCGCCUACUGCUCCCACGUGGCCGUCGAUGUGGAUGACUUUCUGCGUCACGGCGUCCUUAUCCACAGCCUGGCACCUCGUUCCGAUCUGGACAGCGUGACCGGACCGCCCUCGGUUAGCCAGCAGAUCCGGGACAUGCUCAGUCAGCGCGGCACCACGGCCACUUCCCGACUCCCAGUUGCCAUUCCGCCGGCCGUCCAGCCUGUGGCUAGCGAUGUGCCAUCAUCAUCAUCAGCAGCAGCAGCAGCAACAGCAGCAGCAACAGGAGGAUCUGGAGGAUCUGGGGCAAUUGGCGCUCCAACUGGACUGGUCUCCUUAUCCGUUGCCAUCACAGAUCUGCUCCGACCCACUGGAUACAGUGAGGACAGACUGUAUGCCUGCCCGCAGAAGGGCUGCAUUGUGCGGCUGACGGAGGAGCAGUUUGUGAAUCACUUGCGCUACCACAUCCGCAGCAAUGUCAACCAGGGCAGCGAGCAGGUGAAGUGCAAGUACUGCAGCCAGACGAUGCUUCCGCCUACCCUGCGGACCCAUCUGCAGCAGGCCCACGCCCGGCACAGCAUCUUCUGCGGCCUCUGCUUGGCCACGGCCGUCAACAGGCGUUUAAUGCUCUACCAUGUGCGUAACGAGCACGGCGAAGCCUUCGACCUGGUCAACCGUCAGCUGCAGUUCAUCCAGCUGCGCAUGAAGACCACCGAUGCUGCCGUGGGCGGCAGGUCUUCCGGUUCGGGUUCUGGUUCCGGUUCGGGUUCGGGUUCGGGUUCCUUGGAAACCGAGUGCUAUGUGGCCGUCGUGGAGCAGCCAUUCGGGGGCCAGCAGAUGCAUGAUUUUCAGCGCAAACUGUUCGAGGAGCUGGACCUCCGCAACAAGGGCACAAAGACGGUCUUUCGAGGCUCGGAAGUGCGCCUCCUGCCCCGUGAUCCCCACUUCCAAAGGCCGCUGAGCUGUGGCGAGUGCCCCUUUGUCAGCACAGUGCGGACCGCCAUGCAGCUGCAUCUCUACAAGCACAAGGAGGAGGCCAUUCAUCAGGCCUACCAGCAGUCGGAGAUGUUCUUGGCCGCAGAAUCAUCGACUGCCACACAUCAGCAGCAGCAGCAACAGCAACAGCAGCAACAGCAGCAGCAGCAGGAAUCAUUAGCCGCACAGAGUGGCCAGGCCACAGAGCCGGAUUCGCUGGUGCCCGGCCAGCACAAGGCCGUAAGACCGCCGUUCGAGUAUGUGCCGGCGAGGAUUCGAUACCGCUGCGGCUUCAGCCACUGCGGCCUGCUGCUGCCCUCGGAGACGGCACUGCGCCAGCACAUGAUCCUCAAGCACAAGUACUCGGAGGUUAUAUUCUGCCAGCACUGCAAGACGCGCCAGGUGGGCCAGGCCAGCGUGGCCAAGUAUGUGGCCCAUUUGCUGAUGCACAAACGGCACAUCUUCCAGUGCGGCGCCUGUACGCGCUACAACACCAAACGCAUGGUCAUCGAGCGGCACAUCCAGGAUCGCCAUUACAAUCAGAAUGUGGAUGUUGUGGUGCACCGGCACAAUGAUGACGGCACAAUAUCCGCCCGCUGGCUGAAGACACGCAAACUGGCGCGCCUCGGCGAAAUGGAGUUCACGUGCAACCUGUGCCUGCAAUACUUCCCCACGGUCGUCCAGAUCAUGGCCCAUGCGGCGGCCGUUCACGACCGAAGCUAUCAGUACCACUGCCCGUAUUGCCCUGUGGGCGCCAAGGACGCCACCCAGAUCAUCGACCACAUCCUGGCCACGCAUUCCGGCUGGCGCGUACAACCCGUACAGAUCUUCCAGCGCAUCGUGAGCAAGAACAAGCAGACGCUUGGCCUGUUUUGCAGCAUCUGCAACGAGUCGGCUGGCACUUUGCAGCGCAUCAUUGCGCACGCCGAGGAGCAGCAUCAGUCUCGUUUCCAGUUUCAGUGUCCGCACUGCGAGUUCGGACAUCCGGGGGAGCGCGACGUGGGCAGGCAUAUUAUACUCAAGCAUCCGGACAGCAUCGGACUGGCGCUGGUUCAGUACGAGCGCGUGGCCAACGAAAUACCCGACAGCAUAAGCUGGCAACUGGGUCAGCCCAUCGAAAUGCAGCUGCAGUCCAAGGAGCCGGAUACGGUGGCGGUGGCGGUGGCGGCACAGGCUCAGAGUCGGGAAUCGAAGGGAAGGCGACUGCAGGGGCCACACAUCGUGACGGAGGUGGUGGAUCUGCUGGCCUCGGAUGACGAGACGGAGGAGGGCGAAUCGGAGCCGGAUGCGGAGGUGGAUGAAUCGAAAAUUGUGGAGUUCGCGUGCACGCACUGCAACGAGACGAACAGCAGCCUGCAGGACUUGCGCUCCCAGCACUGGGCCCGCCAUCAUCCCGACCAGCCCUUCUACUUCCGCGUCCAGCCGCAGCUGCUCUGCUCCGAGUGCAAGGAGUUCCGCGGCAACGCGAAGGUGCUGCGCGACGAGCACCUGCUGACGGUGCACUCCAUCCGGAACAUCGUGGCCGCGGACAUUCGGCGGCCCGAGGAGUGCGCCUAUUGCGACUACCGCUACCACACGUGGCAUGAUCUGGCGCACCACAUCAGCCGGAUGGGCCACCUGCCCAAUGACCUGAAGCAUGUGACGGACGCGGAACUGGAUGCCCUGCAGCAGCUCAGUGCCAGCGGCAACGACGGCAGCGCCGUCAACGAGUACUACCAGUGCGAUCUGUGCAGCAUGGUGAUGCCCACCAAGGUGGCCAUUGGCCAGCACGGCCACAUUGAGCACAACAAGCCCGGGGAGCCAUUCUGCUUCCGGCAGCUGAAGGCGCCGGUGAUCUACCAUUGCUUCUACUGCAUGUUCACCUCCUCCGACGAGCUGACCACGCUGCGCCACAUGGUGGACCACUACAGCCGCUUCCUGUACUGCCACUUCUGCACCAGACCCCAGAAGGGCGGCUUCGACGAGUACAUUCAGCACUGCUACACCUUCCAUCGCGACGAUGUGCAUCGCUUCCGGGCCGUGCACACGUACAACGAUCUGCGCAAGUUCCUCAUGCAGGUGCACUAUCAAUUCCAGAACGGCCUGAUCAUCACCAAGAGCAGUUUGCGUUAUACGCGCUACAACGACGAGUCCACGAUGCUCAAGCUGGACGAGGAGUUGAUGGCCAAGGCCCAGCGGCCGCCAAUCCCGCGGCUGCACAUCCGUCUCAAGUCGACGGGCGUCCAGGGACAGCAGCCGCAGGUGGAACUCCAGACGUCGCAGCCAGCUGUGCCGUUGAAACGGAUUGUCAAGCGUCGCAAGACCGUGAAUCCGGACGAACUGCUUAGGAUAUUCCUUCAGGAGCAGCAGUCGCAGGCGCAGUCGCAGGCGCAGUCGCAGUCUAACCUGGGCAACGUUUCAUCGACGUCGUCGGCUACUGGGACACCUUCUCAAGUAAGAGGUGUUCCGCCUGUGCGAACGCCGGGAACCCAUCUCCAGGGAGCGCAGGGCCAGGCGGCGCAGCCACCGAUGCUGUUGACACGGAUCACCAAGCGCCGCAAGACAUUGAACCCGGACGAACUGCUUAGGAUAUCGCGGCAGGAGGAGCAGGCGCAGUCCCAGUCGGUUAGAGUGGUCGAUAGGUCGAUGGCGACUAACGUGGACAUCGUUACUGGCACUCCUGCUCAAGCUCGAGCUGCUCCGGCCGUGCGACCGCCGGAAAAUCUUCUUCGCCUCCUCAAACGCCGCAAUAGCUAUGUGGUCCACUCCGGACCCUAAAACUUUGAUCGAGACAAAGACAAAGACAAAGACCACAUCAUUAUUACAAAUACUUUUAAUACCCAUGAUUAUAUCGGCUUGUAGCCAUGAUUAUACAUCAUGAUUAUACACCCUACGCGUAGUUGUGCUAGUUCCAAACUAAUCAAGCAUUCAAAAUCAAUUUUUUUUAUACCAAAUUAAGUACCAUUAUGUUUACUACAUUUGUAAGAGCUUACGAAAAAAAAAAAAAAGAAAACAAAAAAGUGGGCGAAGUAGUUAGGGAGUGGAGAGUAAAGGAGAGACAGAUUUGGAGACUAUGAUAUAAUGUCGGCAUUCGAUUCGAUUGAUUAAACCAUCAUUUUAAAUAUGCUCAAA